AUGGCCAGAGGCAGCCGCGCCAUCUGGUCUACGAAGUAUCAGGACUCGAUCAUGGCAGUAGGUCUGGGCACAAGACAGGCUGCCGACGAGGAAGCGAGGGCUGAGGUUGAGGUCCUCAACAGCCGCCUCGAGAAGACUCGCAUCCUAAACGCCAAACUCGCUGCUUCGUUGGCGAGGCUGGAGCUGAGCGGCAAGAGUGUGCAAGAGGCCAUUGGCCCGAUUUACGGGAACACGCAGAAGCUGCAGGUGCUGGGGACAAAUAUCGAUGGAAUUAUUUCAGCAAUUGAGAAGAUCCGCCAGCCCUCGGACAUCAAGAGCAACGAGGAGGAUGUGAUCAGGAAAGGGCCUGAGAAGGUCGGCCUGGCCUUGUUCUUGAGCUCUGUCAAACGCUUGAGCAAAGCACUAUCCGACUUGAAGCAAACAAACCUCCGAUCGAACCAGCAAGCGGUGGCAGACCUCUCCAAACUGCUGAAGUUUGGAAACGAGCAGUUGGAGCAGCACUUCCAGAGACUUCUCCAGGAAGACUCCAAGCCCAUCGAACCCCUCCACUUCAUCACGAAGGAGAAGCCCUUUCCCACGCUCUCGCAGGACAAUUCCACUUCCCUGGGGCUGAUCAAUCAGCACAUCGCUUCCGUUGCGAGACAAUCUGGGUCUUCUCGAGAUUCGCCCAUGCUACAAGUAUAUGCAAAUGUCAGGGGCCCUUAUCUUGUAGCCACUCUGCAAAAUCUGGCUGCUGCAUCUCUCAAUACCGCAAAGAAGAAGACUCCAGAUGCCGUGUACCGGCAAGGAACAAAUGGCAUGGGCACCUAUGCGACAGGUAUGGCGGGUUCUUUCUUGGCAGAAUACGAGAAUAUCUGUGGCCUGUUCUCCAGAGACGAAUGGGGAAAGGUCUUCAAUCUGACUUGCCAGGGAGCCAUAUCUGAGCUCGCCAGGACCCUCAGGGAACUCAACUCGCAUAUCAGGGCGAACUUACCUACAGACUGUUUUCUCGCGUACGAGAUCAUCGAGAUCAUGUCCAAUCUAUCCUCGGACCUGGACGGCAGGACAGGGGAGCUGAAGCCAUCUUUUGCUGCAGCAUUGAAGCCUAUUCGCGAGACUGGAAAGUCAUCGCUCGCCGAGUUACUUGAGGAUACACGUCGCCGCAUAAAUGCAAUGCCAGGAGUACCCCAUGACUCGGCCGCUGUACCCAUCACCCAAGAAACGAUGACCCGCCUACAGACGAUGAUCGAUUUUCUCCGUCCAAUUUCCAGUAUCAUGGUCUCCAUCGGCGACCAGGGCUGGAGAUCGACCGCAACAUCUAACGCCUCCAUCGACCAAAUCCCCUCCUUGAAUUCCUUCGACGUCGGCGCCGACGGCAAGGAAAUAUUCGCCAACUAUUGCAUCGACACUAUCGAUACGCUCCUCAGCUCUCUGGAAGCCAAAGCCAAACCUCUGCUCAAAGGCAAAGCCCCUCUCGGCGUCUUCAUCGCCAACAACGCCACAAUCGUUGAUCGUAUGAUCCGCACCUCCGAACUCCAGCCCCUCCUCCAGUCUCGCAUGGGCGAAAUCGAGAAGUGGCGCAAGACAGGGGCCUCUUACUACGCGACUGCCUGGCGCGAACCAUCAGCACACCUCUUGGACGUCACGUACACCAACCGCGGGCAGCGGCCCCACUCCGGCUCCGCCAACACCGUCGACUCAGCUGCUAUCGUCAAAGGCCUGAGCAGCAAGGACAGAGACGUCAUCAAGCAGAAGUUUUCGCUCUUCAAUCAAAGCUUCGACGAUCUGGUUUUGAAGCACAAGGCGAUGAACAUGGAGCGCGAGGUUAGGGAGAUGCUGGGCCGGCAGGCGCAGCAGAUGAUUGAGCCUCUGUACUGCAGGUUCUGGGAUCGGUAUCAUGAGGUUGACAAGGGGAAGGGGAAGUACGUGAGGCAUGAUAAGGGGGGGAUUGCGGCUACGUUCCUGAGUCUGUCGUGA